AGCAAUAAUCUCGAUCUGCCAGAAACAACUGACAUUUUUUUCUCUUUACAAAGCGUCCAGAAACUCAGUGGGACUCCAGUCUAGCGUCGCCGGCGCCUACAGAGACAGUGAGGAGCACCAGGUAAAAACGGGAUGAAACAGACCGUCCGGGAAACAAGAGUUACUGAAGAGAAACUAGUUUAAAGGGGGGGAAAUAUCUUCCCCGGGAAUUUACGAAGAGGAAAAGUACUUUUCAGAAAGGAGAGAGAGAGAGAGAGAGAGAGAGAGAGAGAGAGAGAGAAAGAGAGAGAGAGAAGGGGAGGGACUGAGUUUGUGAAAAGAAAGAGAUAGAGCUUGGGAGCGCUAUCACUUCACCCUCCCCUCAUCUGUCUGCCCUUCUUUUUGGACGAUGCAAAUGUUUUCACUUAAAACACUGCCUUUCUCGGGCGAUCCGUCGUCGCUCCGCUGUCGGCUUUUGUAAUAUCAAAUUUUGUUAUUGUCUAAUUGUUCUCUUCUCGGUGGGGAUCUCUCCCCAGCCUCUCCUGUCUCCUGCGGGGCGGGUGGGGUGAGAGCGAGGGGAGACGGUGUGUUGGGACUGGGUGAAAGGGUUUCAGGGUGAAGUAGUCUAGGUGGCCCGGCUCGCCUGCUUUUCCUGCUCUUCUUAACAGUGCAGUCAUGUGGCAGUGCGCUGUGAUUGGCUACACGCUUCUGGCGCUCUGCGUGGCGGCUCCGCCCCCCCACAUUAACCGCCUGGCACUGUUCCCUGACAAGAGCGCUUGGUGUGAGGCCAAGAACAUCACCCAGAUCGUUGGGCACACCGGUUGCCAGCCCCAGUCCAUACAAAACAGGGCAUGCCUGGGGCAGUGCUUCAGCUACAGCGUGCCCAACACCUUCCCGCAGUCCACAGAGUCCCUGGUGCACUGCGACUCCUGCAUGCCUGCGCAGACGCAGUGGGAGGUGGUCACCCUGGAGUGCCCGGGCAGUGACGAGGCGCCCCGCGUGGACAAGCUGGUGGAGCGCAUCCUGCACUGCAGCUGCCAGUCCUGCAGUAAGGACGCGGGCCCAGAGGGGGCGCUGCUGCAGCUCUACCCCUCCGAAACCGGCCCCGAGGUCCCGCCCCUGCCCGCGGGCGACCACGCCCACCAGAACGCCCAUGGCGAGCUGAAGGAGCAGCACCUGCAGCGCGGGCACACGCACACAGACCUCCACGCCCACGCCCACACUCCCGCAGGGGGGUGAGGGGGCAGAGAAAGGGGGGGGGGGGGCGCCCGUCCUCCUACCCUGGCUACUCCUGCCCCUCUGUCCCCUGUCGUCCUUUUCUCUGCCCUCCCUCGAUCCUGAACCCCUUUUGUGCUCUUCUCUUCUGUUUCAAAUCUUCCCCUCCCUUGAAUGACCUCAUCCCUCGCUAUCCUCUUACCUGUCCUUAUAUGACGCAACUAAAGCACUUUUUGAGCACCACUACUUUAUAAAAACUGCACAGAGAUGCACAUAAACAUACACACAGGCACUCUCACACACCCGCCAGGAGAUUCUUACUUCCAUAGCUUCAAAGAUUAGAUUAAAAGUACACACACACAACAGAAUACUCACACACACACACACACAACAGAAUACUUACAUACUCACACACACACACACACACACAA